GUCUGGCCAGGUCUGCUCUCGAGCACGCCAAAGAAUUUCGGGAGCUACCAAAAAAAUAAAGAAUUUGGGGAGAAGGCCAUUUUCGCAUCGGUUGCACUCUGCCGGCGGCCGCCGCGACACCACACGAUGCAGCCCUUCUCACGGCACGCCAGCUUCUUCGCGUCCCUCAAGCAGGUGGAAGACCGGUUGGCGGCGGAGGAGCAGCCGCCGGUGCCCCGAAUGCCCGACUUGCCGCCUCUGUUCUCGGACACCAUGACCGCAUCCCCGCUCUUCCUCGGCGGGUCGACGGCCACGGCCACCGACCGCGGCGGCGGCGGGGAGAGCAGCGGCCCGGCGCUCGACUUCCUCACCCUCUCCAAGGAUGAAGUGCGCAUCCAGGAGCCCCAACAAGACUCCAACGACGACAACGAAAACGACAACGGGGCGGACAUAGCGCGGCUCAUGGCGCUUCUCGGCCUGUCGCCACCGCCAUGGAUCGGCGACGACGGACGCGACAGCGGCGGGUGCGAUUGCAGCGGUGGAGACGGGUUCAUGGCGAAGGUCGUCGGAGUGGUCGGGCCCAAGUGCGAAAAGGAACAAAGUAGGGUGGACGGCUGGAUCGAGCAUUACUACGGCGACGGCGACAGCGGCGGGUGCAGGGAGCCUGCGAGGCUGGCGCACCUCCUCCUCGCUAAGGCUUCGUGGUCCUGGGACGGAGAAGGUCCUGAGGAUAGAGCAGCCAUUGCAUUCCCUUCCGCGGUGAAGGAGUUCUUGGACCGUGACGCGCCUCCGCGGUUGACGGAGGAGGGAGCGCAUAGGGAGACAGAGUGAUGAUUGGAGGGGCCUCUCUGUAGUGUGUUCGCCAUAGCAUAUUUCAAAGUUCAGAGAACGCAGUGAUGAUGGAUGUGCAAACCGAAUGUUUUUGUUCUGAAAUUGUCGAACGCAAUGUGUUGCUACAGAAGAACACAUGGACAACCUGUCGAAAAUUUUACAUUUAUUUACCAGAGUUUUCAGGGAUUUUCACCAGCAUUUUGCUCCAGUGACAUGCCUUGGCUUCAUGCUAGGUUGUAAUCUGUGGUGGGCGCAUGUAUGUGCCAAUGGUAAGCAACAAGAUAUGCAAAAACAUGUGAUGUUUUGUUCUGU